GAUUGUGAAAUCAAACACAGCAGACUUAACCUAUCGUCUUUUACCAAUAACGAUUGGUAAACAACAUUUAUGGUUAUAGUAGUGACAGCAGAAAUCUACUUAUAAAUUGUAUUUACACUAUUUCUAGUUUUAGUUUCAUUCAUAGUAAAGUCAAAUAAAUGUGUUUCAUUUUAAUGUUUAAUAGUGGUCCAUUUAUGUUUUAGUUUCUUUGCGGAGUCAACGAAUGGGUACAUAACAGUCAAUAUUACUGAAUCAGGCUAUAUUAGGAUGUAGGAGUAUUUCAUUUUUAUUGAGAUAGCGUCUGUUGAUUUGAACAUUCCAGAUUGUAAGAGAUAGUCAUAUAUCAGAAUGACCUCAUACCGAGCUAAGCUUAAAGACUUUGAAGAACUUCUGAAUGGAGAGGAAAUAAACAUGACUACCCUUAGAACUCUUUGUUUCAGUGGUUGCCCUGAUGAAGGUGGGCACCGUGCUGUAUGUUGGAAACUUCUUCUGAACUACCUUCCUCCAAACAGAACUUUGUGGUGUGAAGUACUCGCUGAGAAGAGAGAACUUUACAGCCAGUUCAUUGAUGAGAUGAUAGUCAAUCCUGGGGAAUGUGGUGUUGAGGGUGACUGUACGUUUGCCGAUCAUCCUCUGAACGUGAGUCCAGAUAGUCGGUGGCAAACCUAUUUUAAAGACAAUGAAGUUCUUCUUCAAAUUGAUAAAGACGUCAGACGUUUGUGUCCAGAUAUAUCUGGGCCUGCACUACCAGCUUGCAUUACCAGAUUGCACUAUCAGUCUGCACUAUCAGUCUGCCCUACCAGCCUGCACUAUCAGUAUGCCCUACCAGCCUGCACUAUCAGUCUGCCCUACCAAUUUGCACUACCAGCUUGCCCAACCAGCCUGCACUACCAGCUUGCACUAACAGCCUUCACUACUAGACUGCCCAACCAACCUGCACUACCAGCUUGCACUACCAGCUUGCCCAAUCGGCCUGCACUACCAGCUUGCACUAACAGCUUGCCCUACCAACCUGCAUUACCAGCCAGCACUACCAACUUGCCCUAUCAGGAAAAUAAUUUCUUCCCUUAUUACCUCAACUAUUAG